CCCUGACCUCGAGCAGACCCCAUGGGACAGCUGGUCUCCUGGCUGGGGCACCCCUGUCCAAGCACACUGUCACCCACAGCAGUGGGCACUUACCCUGCACCAGGAGGCUCUGGUCACACAGAUGAGUCACCUCAGGCGCAUACCCAGCGCCAGCAGCGAACAGAGCCAGCUGGCGGAGCUCUCAGAGAGGUCCCCGGCUGCCACCCAGGACCCUUCUCAGCACCCUCAGUGAUGCCUCUUCACCAUGUCUUGGCCCAGUGUGGCCCCCUCAUACCCAGUCCAAGGGGGCUUGUCUGAGUCCCCUCCCCUGGCCUGAGCCCCCAUGGCAGGCACGGCGGCAGCAGGCUGGUGGCGGCCACAGCGGGUGAUCAUGCAGGAGCACAUGGCCAUCGAUGUGAACCCGGGACCCAUCCAGCCCAUCCCCCUCAUUUCUGACUACUUCCCGCAUUUCUACCCCUUUGCUGAGCCUGCCCGGGGUGCCCCAGGCCCACACCCUGCAGUGUCUCCCGCCAGCUCUGCACCCCCACAGCCAGACCCAGAGCCAGAGGGAGACUCAGACGACAGCGCUACCCUGGGCACCCUCGAGAUCACACUUCUUUUUGAUGCGGACAACAGCGCCCUGCACUUCACGGCUCACUGUGCCAAGGGCCUCAAGCCACCAGCCUCAGGCUCCCUGGACACCUAUGUCAAAGCCAAUCUGCUGCCAGGGGCCAGCAAGGCCAGCCAGCUGAGGACACGCACAGUUCGGGGCACAAGAGGGCCUGUCUGGGAAGAGACGCUCACUUACCACGGCUUCACCCACCAGGAUGCUGGGCACAAGACCCUGCGGUUGUGUGUGUGUGAGGACCCAUGGCUGCGGCCACGGUGGUGGCAAGUGCCUCCCCUGGGGGAGCUGCAGGUGCCCCUGAGGAAGUUGGUGCCCAACCGAGCCAGGAGCUUCAGUGUGUGCCUGGAGAAGCGGAGGCUGACCAAGAGGCCGGAGCACCUGGACACAUCCCGGGGCAUGUCCCUGUAUGAGGUGCGUGGGACAGGAGCUGAGCAGGAGGUGAAGGGGACAGGCCUGGGGUACUCGGGCAUCGGGCAGAUGGGGAGCAAGACCCCAUUUGAAAACCCUUGGAACAUUAUGUUGAACAUUGUCAAAACUGAAUUGCAGGAACCCUGUGACAGUCCCAAAGUUAAGGAAGAACAAAUUGAUGCCCCACCAGCUUGUACAGAGGACAGCAUAGCAACACCCGUUGAGUGGAGAAGAGCCUCUCGGAGCUGCUCCCGAGACAUGGGCUUUACCCAACAUAAAGAUCCUUUGCAGAGCAGUCUACUCAUGUCUCAAACUUCUCUUCACUCGCCACCCAAAAUCGCUCACAUAUACACAUUAGCAAUUUGCCAUCCCAAGAGUUUAUUUGGUAUUGAAGCUCUUGUCAUGAGUGCUAUGGUCAACUAG